AGCACAAUACGCGGACAUCCCUGGACGAUCCACACACCCACGAGUGCUAUUGGUUAGCCGCAUUUCACAAAUUCACAGAAGUGUUUAAAGUAGAUAAAAUUGUAAGCAAUGGCAACAAGCGACGCUUUCAAGGUGUCAUCUCUAAAGGGGAAAGUGACCCUAAUUACAGGCGCUAGCUCUGGCAUCGGGGCAGGGACAAGCCUCAUGUUCGCCAAACUAGGUGCCUUGCUGGCACUCAAUGGACGCGACGUGGAGAAUCUAAGCAAAAUCGCCAAACAAUGCACGGAUAAUGGUGGUCCCGAGCCCCUGCUUGUGCCCGGUGACCUGACAGACGAGGAGACGGUCAAGAAGACCGUGGAACAGACCAUCGCUCACUUCGGUCGACUGGAUGUGCUAGUCAACAGCGCUGGCAUCCUAGUGAUGGGCAGCAUCGAAACGACAGAUCUUGCCCAGUAUGACAAGGUCAUGAACGUCAAUGUCAGAUCUGUUUACCACCUGACUCAGCUCUGUGUUCCACACCUGAUCAAGACCAAGGGCUCCAUUAUCAACGUCUCCAGUGUCAACGGCCAAAGAUCUUUCCCGGGUGUCCUUGCCUAUUGCAUGUCCAAGUCUGCCAUCGACCAGUUCACAAGCUGUAUAGCCUUGGAGCUGGCAGCAAAGCAUGUGAGGGUGAACUCUGUCUGCCCCGGUGUGAUCAUCACAGACGUCCACAGAAGGGCUGGCCUUGAUGAGGACCAAUACGCUAAGUUCCUGGAGAAGUGUAAGCAGACCCAUGCUCUGGGCAGACCAGGGGAGGUGGAGGAGGUGGCCCACGCCAUAGCCUUCCUUGCCUCAGACGCAGCCAGCUUCAUCACCGGGGUCAACCUGCCCGUAGAUGGAGGGCGUCAUGCCAUGUGUCCAAGAUAAUAAAGACUGGUUGAUCACGGUCCUUUUAUGCCUCUCACUUUGUCUCCCAGCUUGUGUCUACUUCUCCAUUUCUGGUAUAGGACACUUUAAAUGGUGAGAUGAAAACGACAACUCCUCACAGAGUUUUGAAGGUGGUAAGGUUACAGUUAUGAAGCGGUAGAGGUAGUUUUUGACAAAUUCUUUGAAAGUCAUUGGAUUUUUAGAGGUUGUUCUGCCAUGGUAGAAGACUGUCCUCAAGUGGUGGUUAUGUAAAGUACAUUAAGAGCACUGCAAUAUGUUAAAUUGCUUGGGAUACUACAGUAAACAUUACCGGACAGACAACUGUUUAUCAAAUGACUGAAGAUCAGAAUAAAUAACCAAUUGAAAGAUCA